CUCGAGUCGACGUAAACUUUACCAAUCAGGAAGUACGGGCUUCUCCCCAUCUUCGUGUACUAAAACACAAAAAUAUCAGCGAUUCCUCAAGAUUAACCGCGAUAUAAAAACUAAAAACUCCAAAGUAAACUCUUUGGUUAAGAACUCAAAGCCGAACUUAGUGUAGUGGCCGCUCGCAUUUUACCGGAACACCUGGAUUUAAAAAAAUUAUAUUUAGUGUUUUAAUCGUCGCGAGGAUGGAUGUUCCUCAACUCACCGAAGAUGAGAUGGCUGAGAUUAAAAAAGACGUCCUGAUCCGCAUGCGGCACUACCUCUGUGAGAAGAUCCGGGCGCGUUGCCAUCUUGACUACUUGCGCUCCCGUCGCAUCCUGACUCGUGACGAUGCAGAGGAGAUCAACAGCAAGAGCACGCAAACCAGCAGGACAGGCUGGCUGCUGGACAUCCUUAGCGAGAACCCCCGUGGCCUCGACGUCCUGGUCGACUCCAUCCGGGAGCUGCGCUCACAAAACUUUGUCAUUCACAAGAUCACAGAUGAGGUGCAGAAGACCAAGAAUGAGAAGCUGGAGUCUCUCAAAGCCGCAGCUUCUAGUUCCUCAUCCAAGAACAGCCUCACCCCUCCAUGUACCACCCAGGAUCUCUCCAUAACGUUCUCAAGCGACUCCACCUUGCUCUGCUUCCCAGACGGACAAGAAAGCUCCACCAUUUUAAAAGUCGGCGUCUGCCCCAGUGCGCCGUCGCUAUCGAAUGAUGGCGAUCUGACGUUCGUGGCCUCCUCCUCCACCACAACUUCUUCCAGCCUCCCUAGGCCAGGAGACCCCGGAGCGCCCACUCUGCCCGAGGAGGAGGAGGAUGAAGAGCAGCUGGCGGGGUUACCCUCUAACAUAGAUGCAGUGUCACCGGGGUCCACUGUCAGCGGAGCGGACCCCAACUUCCAACCUCUCCGCUCGCGUUGUCUCACUCCCGCGUCAGUUCGGAGCAACUUAUACUAAAAUAGGGUUAGUGUGUUUGUAAUAGAGAACGUGUCCUGCUGCUUUUUAAAAAUGCUCUUAAGUACUUGAGUCUUUAACAUUUUAGAUGAGAACAUUUAGGUGCACCUGUACAAUUUGAUUUUAAAAUGACUCAUGUAAAAAACUAUCAUUACAAAGAUACAGCUCAGUUUUGAUCUGUAUUCUUUUAACAUACUUGUGUAGAUUUGACACUGAACAAAAAUAAAAAUGGUGUAAUUUACAA